CAAGGCAGCUCGAUGCAGCACACAGCACGAUUGGGCAACAGCGCUUCCCUCUGCUGUAUCCGUUGCUGACCACGUCCAGCAGCCGUGAGAUUAAAACCAAGCGAGGGAGGAAACAUCCAAAGACAAAAGAUGGAGUCGAUUUCCCCAUGCCAUUCCGGCUGGCAACACACACGGCACUGUCGCUGACACGGGGAGGAGGGCAACAGUACAAUGCCCGCGAGGCUGUGAAAGUUCGCUCAAUUAUCUGUUCCAUGACCAUGGGGGGAUCUAUCCCAAUCGGAGAGGGCGGUUUGGAGGCCCCGAAGGCACAAUGUAAAGUUGCUCUGGACUGGAUAGUAAUAAUAAAAGGUACUUGCGAACGUACGGAACAUCUUUAUAAGAUAACGAAUGUGACAUCCGCCAGUGCCUGCCGGUUGCUUAUGCGGCCUUUUCAGAUCACUACAACAAAGGCAAAUGUACUUUGGAUGGCUGGGCUUUGCAUUGGAUCGACGGCACAGGAACGUACAUAUAAGGUCAUCUCUCUAAUCGAUUAGCCGUCAUUAGCAUUAAUAUGGUUUUAUACGGUGGCACAUUAGUCAACCGAAGGCGACGUUUGGACGCGGCGACCACGUCAGAUGCAU